AUGGCUGCCAUUACCGAAGCCCCUGCCACAGGCCUUCUCAACCUUGAGAACGAGCUCGUCUGUUUUAUUUGCACCGAGGUUCUCUAUCAGCCUCUGACCCUGCUCGACUGCCUGCACACCUUCUGCGGCUCUUGUCUGAAAGAAUGGUUCUCCCACCAAUACCGCAAAGCAACCCACUCGCGUGCCCCUUCCUCCACGAACCCAUACACCUGCCCAACAUGUCGCGCUCCUGUCAAAAAUGCCCGGCCCUAUGCGAAGAUAAAUACCUUGCUGGAGAUGUUCUUGAUCGCAAACCCGGGCAGAGACAGGACGCCGCAAGAGAAGGCUGAGAUGUCGCAGGCGUAUAAGCCGGGCGAAGAAAUUCUACCAAAGGUCGAGAACCACCGGAGGAGGGAGAGAAGAAGGCGUGAAGAGGAGGAGUCGGGCCUGGGAGAUUCAAGGAAUGCAGAUGGCAGUCAUGGCGAGAGAAGCAGACACGACCAACACCUGGACCCCGCUUCCGCUGACCGUAGACGAGCCACCAGCGGGAAUAGUAGGAGUCGAGAACGAAGGGAGACAACAGAAAGGCAAAGGGACACUGACCGCCGCCAGAGACGUGACCAACAGCACACUUCAGAUACGGAGCUCUCUCGUCCGCGAACAGCAAGCUCUUCCAACUCCGCAGAUCUUUCGUCCCUAUCUCCCCCACCCAGCUCACCCAGGCAUCCCGAGGCUGUUGAAGCACGUCAAAGGGGUGUCCGGACAGUUGCCCAUCAAGCAAGUCUAAUAUCCCUGGUCAGCGCUUCGGAAAGCGGCACUGGCACUGGUGACAGUUUAGACGAGGCAAGAAUCAUGCAAGAGAUUCUGACCGAAGGCCUCUUGGAUGGCAUCAAUAUUGAUGAGCUGACGGAGCAAGAACAAGAUGCGCUCAGCGAGGCUAUCGCCGAACGCAUCAGACAAUUGCACGCGGAGAGGCAUCGACGACCAGGCUCAGAUGAUAGUGGGCCUGGCACCCAAGGGAACACGCCGAGGCCGCCGGAAUCACAUGCCGAAGAAAUUGAGCGCCAUGCCCGUCAGGCGUCAAGGAGCAGCAAUCGUGAACGGACGCAGCCAAGCCCCAGAUCGAGCCAUAAUGUGGUUAUUGGAGGCAACAGCACCCGACCUCACACCACUUCGUCUCAAUCCGCAAACGACCAGUUGUUGACACUGCCGCAGACUGCGGCUCACCGACGACGAGCCUCCGAUGAGAGUCGAAGAGGCGAAAAUUCUGCGACGAGAACAGACCGGACGCCUCAUCCUGCGGUAAGAUCAGCCACAGAUCUCUCCAACAGACCUCAAUCGAAUGCAGGUGGCGCGGAUCGCCUCCAGCAACUCCAGCAGGGGCCACAUGCGCACAGAUCCAAUACGGAGCCCCGAACCCCCCCGAGAGCCUCUGAAGUGUGGCAGGCUGCUGGUGGACGCCACAUGUCAAGCCCGCCGCAAGUCGCUUCGCCAGCUCAACAGUCGCCCAGGCCUGAUUCUGUGCAGCCUGUCAUGUCGAGCGUGGCAACUGGCCCCGUCCCAACCUCCAUUCCAACUUUGGAAUCAGAAGCUUCUGUUCCUGAAGCCACAGAAUUACCUGCUACGAGCGUCUCAACCAGGUCGGAUGAACCAUCCGUUGUGUGCUCGCGGUGUUCUCGUCCGAACAUUCAGUAUGAAGUUCACAAACACUGUGCGGCUUGUAAGGUUGACAUCUGUCUGCGGUGCUAUAGAGCUGGGCGGGGUUGCAAUCAUUGGUUUGGUUUCUAUCGCUCUGCCAUGCUCAAAUUCCACGCAUCUCAGCCGCCAAAUCGCAACAAUCAGUCUAUGGGACUACCACACUUGCCAACUAGCCGACAAUAUGAGAGACCCUCAGCAUCCACUGCACAGUCAGGGCGGCUUGCUACGGCUGCCGAUGCAAUCUUGCGCCUGAGAGAGGGGAACUUUUGCGAUCGAUGUGGCCGUUUUGCCAACGAUUACUUCUGGUCGUGUGACUAUUGCAAUGAGGGCGAGUGGGGCUUUUGCAACGACUGUGUAGGUAGCAACCACUGCUGCGAUCAUCCCCUGUUGCCGGUGGCCUACAAAUCAUCGGACUCGAUCUCUGCAAGCUCUAGAUUGGGAGGAGGGCCGGGUGCUGCGACACUGAGCCCCUACAGUUCUGGUGGGCGCGACCUAUCCCCAGCUCAGAGCGCAGCUUCGAGCGUCACAUCCGGAACCGGGCCUUAUCCGGGUCUCCGCCCAGACUUUGUGCCGUUAUCUGUUACUACCAAUUGUGACAUUUGCGCUCGCUCAAUCACACUACAAGAAACCCGAUACCAUUGCCCGACGCAUCCGACACCCUCUCCGGAAAACCCUGGCCAGAAAGGUGACUACGAUAUUUGCAGUACUUGCUACCAUGGACUCGUUGAGUCGGGGCGGAUGACCCGCGACAAUGGGCCGGAAGGCUGGCGUCUCUGUCCCGAUGGACAUCGAAUGAUUGCCGUGGCCUUUGAAGGGGACGAGGAGGGCAACGAGCGCAGAAUCAUCACUCGCGGCAUUGUGGGUGGUGUACAAAUGACGGAUGCAGAUGUGGCAGCGUGGAAACUUGCGAUGAAAAAUCUACACCGCGUUGAUAGAGCAAAUCUUUCCGCUGUACGAGGCGAUUGGAGCUGGCGAGAAGACGAAGCUGGUACACGGCGAAAAACACGAGCCAGGACUUCCACUCUGCCACGCUCAGGAAUGCAAUUGCCUCCGGAUGGUGGCUGGGGCAAGGCCUACGUCGCCAGAUGGGGUUAUUACCCUUCCGAAAAUGAUGGCAAGGCUAAGGACGAGCUCAUGUUCCCCAAGCAUGCCAAUAUACGAGAGGUGGAGGAAAUCAACGACGAGUGGUGGUUCGGCGUAUAUGCAGGCGAUGCAGGCGUGUUUCCCGCGGUGUUUGUGAACAGGGCUUGA